AUGCAAAACUUUUUUGAAGUCAUCAAAACAUCGAUGGAUAAGGCGUCUAAGCACGUUCUGUUUGUGAAUCCAAAGCACAAGGAGCUUGUUGAAUCAGGUUACGUGGAAGUUAAAGAAAAGUAUUUGUUUGGUGUCAUGGAGGAUACAACAAUUCCAGUAAACAAAGUGGCAUGUUCCAAUCCACAGAGAGCCCUUCUUUCAGUAAUAAUUGGAGACCUAAUGACUAUCAAAGCGUAUAAACAGACACCAGAUCCAAUACAGGCAAUCAAGUUGAGUCUUGGACUAUUUGGAGCACAAGGUGCCACUGUGGAUUCAAAUGAGUUUGUAGAGGCAUUUAAGCGAGAAAUGCUCUCAUUCCCAUUCAAUUGGUCACAAUCACUCAUUUUUGAUUAUCAAGGAACAUUGUUGAAAAUAACAGUAAACGAAAUGAGUACAGGUGAAAAUGAAGAAAGAGGAAUUCUGAAUGAAGAAACAGAUGUGUUUGUUAGCAGUGCAUCACCAAAACUACAGUUGAACAAUGCACAGAUCGAUAAUACGCUACUGAAACCAAACUUCUCCUUUGAGAAACUGGAAAUAGGCGGAUUGAAGAGGGAAUUUGAGCAGAUGUUCAGAAGGGCCUUUGUUCAAAGAUUGUACGAUCCAGAAACAAUCAAGAAGCUGGGUAUUCCACACGUAAAGGGAAUAAUGCUCUAUGGUCCACCUGGAACUGGUAAGACACUUAUAGCUAGGAAACUGGGAUUAUUGCUUGGAGCAAAUCCACCUAAAGUGGUAAAUGGACCAGAAAUAUUGAACAAAUACGUCGGACAGAGUGAAGAGAACAUCAGAAACCUAUUUGCUGAUGCAGAGGCAGAGUAUAAGGCAAAGAAAGAACAUUCUUCGUUACACAUAAUCAUUUUUGAUGAGAUUGAUGCAAUUUGUAAGAAACGAGGCAGUGAUAAUUCAGGUGUUGGUGAUAAAGUUGUGAAUCAGCUUCUGAGCAAAAUAGACGGUGUUGAAGCACUCAACAACGUGCUAAUCAUUGGAAUGACCAAUAGGUUGGAUUUGAUAGACGAAGCAUUGCUUAGGCCUGGUAGAUUUGAAAUCCACCUGGAAAUAUCACUUCCUGAUGAGGAAGCACGUCUUGAAAUAUUUGAGAUCCAUACGAAACAAAUGACAGGAAAUAACUUCAUAUCUGAUAAUGUUGAACUGGAUAAGAUGGCAGCAAUGUCUAAAAACUACACUGGUGCAGAGAUAGCAGCAAUCGUGAGAGCAGCAAGCUCAUUUGCAUUAGAAAGGAAUAUUUCAGCAAAAGAUGGAACUGGAGCAGAAUUGAAAGCAGAGGAAAAAGAGAUCAAGAUAACAAUGGAAGACAUGCGACAGGGGCUAGUAGAGGUGAAGCCAGCCUUUGGGGUGGAUGAGAAGGAGUACUUUUUGACUAACAAAAUAUUGUAUGAAACUAGGCAAUUUGAUCUGAUAAUGGAUUUCACAAGAAAGGCCCUUGAGAAACUCAGAUUGACCAAUUUGUACAAAACAUCGUCAUUGCUUCUCUAUGGGACAACAGGUGUAGGGAAGACAACACUGGCACUGAGAUCAGCACUUGCGUCACAGUUUCCAUUUAUCAAAAUGAUCAUGCCAAAGGAUCUUGUUGGACUGAGUGAAUACGAAAAAGUGGCAUUCAUCAAAGAGAAGUUUAGUAACGCAUACAAAUCAGAGGAGUCGAUUGUGAUUCUGGAUGAGAUUGAGACACUGAUUGAGUAUGUUGGAAUUGGACCAAGGUUCUCAAACAACGUUCUUCAGGCAUUGAAGAUAUUCGUGAAGAAUGAGGCACAAAGUGAAGCAAACAAGACAUUUGUGUUUGGUACGACAUCCAUGCCAGAUGUGUUGAUGGAAUGUGGGCUGGUUGACUGUUUUACAGACAGCUUGCUUGUUGACAAAUGCUGUAAAGAGGAGUAUGAUGAAUUGUGUCUCCAGAAUGAGCAGUUUAACCAAGUUGAAUUCACUGAGAAUGUGAGUAUAAAGAAGUUGCUUACUGCACUACCAGUGGACAAAAACAAGUAG